AUGUGCACCUUUUUCUGGUGCUACGUGCUGUGCCCAUGCCCCUACGAAAAGGACUGCGCCUUGGCCAUUAAUCGGAUAGUCUACUGGGCUGGCCAGUGGCGCCACAGGACGGGGAAGCAGGCCCCUGUUCCCAACUCUGGCACGGCCUGCGAGAGGCAGAAGCAGAUGUUCGGCCAGGAUGCCGAGCCGUCGUGGGGGUGCUCGGUCCGGCGACUCAUCGACUGGAUGGUGGAGUUGACGUUUGUGAUUGAUUCGGCGCCGUGUGCUGAGUGCAGCCACAAGUGCAAGGCCCGCUUUGACAAGAGGAUGGAGGAGGAGAGGCAGAGCAGGGAAGACGGGAGGAGAGAGGAGACGGUAUCGUAUGGUGCUCCAAACAGCUGGCUAUCUUGGCAGAGUAUGAGACGCCCCUAUUGUUUCUGGCGUCUGAGUGGUUGA